AUGGCCUUCGUCGCAAAAGCCCCCCACUCUUCUGUUGUCAUCUCUGGCUGUGUCGCCUUCACCGGCGUGCUUUGCUCGCGAAAUAUGAAAACACUCGUUCGGCAAUACGAGCACAACCCACUGGACAAGGAGGGGAAUGUCAAUGCCGCGGUCUGGGACCGUCUCAGCGACUUCUUUCAGUCACGCGGCUACACCUUCUGGACCCGCGCGCCCAGAAUAUUCUGUCAGGACUGGCCUGGCGUCGUGAGCAUGCACGGGUUUGGAUACGCUCCCGCUCAUGAAGGCUUUGACGAGGACAGCGGCUUCGACGACCUGCACCACUUUGACUACCCCACUCACGCAGUCCAUGCGGCUAACACUGCGGAUGGUCGCGCCGUCGUUCUACGCGUUCUCGCCGUGGGCGACGAGGGACGGACACACGUUUCUAUACUCGAGUUCAUAGCGUCGACAUACCAUGCGACUGCGAGUAGAAACCAUGCGCUACCGCUCCUUGAGGUCAUCCACUUCGACGAUAUCACAUUUGGAGUCUUUCCGAAGGUCGGCCAGGACCUUCGACAGCUGUUCUGGCCCAUCCGCAAGAACUCCGUCGGCGAUAUACUGGACAUCCUUAUGCAGUGCCUAGAGGCCCUUGAUUAUAUUCACGGGGAGAAUAUAGCUCACAGGGACGCAUACAAGGAGAACUUUCUCCUCCAGUAUUACCCACAUUCGCUAGUGAAAGAGCCUCUGCGCACAACUCGACCCCGAGUUUUUCUCCUCGACUUCGAGGUUGCAGUCGGUUUCGCGGACUUGCCUCGAGAGAAACACCUUUGCGUCGGUGCGUCUCACGGGGGCACUGUCCCCAUGACCACGGACUUCAACGGCCGAGUCUCUCCGGAAGUGUUGACUGGCGAGCCGUACUGUCCUUACAAGCUGGACGUGUGGCAGCUGGGCAAAAGCUUCGUUGAUUUCAAGUCGACGAUCCACUCGAUCGAUGAGGUUCUCGAGCGCAUGCGCGAUCCCAAACUCUCUUUACGCCUCACGGCAUCUGACGCGCAGAGGCAAUUGGCGAAGAUUGUGGCUGCUACAUAUCCACGCGAUUUGUUGAUACCGCCUGACUACUCCGCUUUCCCGCCCUCUAUCCUCAACCUUGGAAAUAGGGAGCUAUAUGUCUGA